AUGGAUCUUUCCCUUUUUUAUCUCACAUUUUCUAUAUUUAUACUACUGCCAGCAGCUGAUCAAACGCAAUUUAAUAUUGAUUCAUGUCCAACGUCUCGUCGUUUAUUAUUUUUUGGUAAAUUUAAUUUUUCUCUUGGAGAGAAGAAAUCUGAACAUAUUUCUUCAUCUUCAAAAUCACCAAUAUCAUUAAAAUCUACACGAACCGAUCAGAAACAUGGUGCUACAGUUUAUAUUCGACCACAAACUUCAACAGAACUUGGUCAAAAAGUUCGUUCCUUUAGUCAUUUACUUAAAUCUAAAAUUGUUAAAAAAGAAGAACGAACAAAAAUUAAAAAACAUAAAACACCAAAGAAAAAACCCAAAAUUCAUAAACAAAUUAAAAAGAAAAAUACAACUCAACAUGCUACUAAAACUCGUGAUUUAGUAGCUAUUAAUGAUCAUGAACGUGAUCGAUGUCGAGCAUUACUUCAUAUUGAUCAUCCAAAUAUUGUAAUACCUUCAAAAAUUCAUAAAAAAUCAAAGAAAACAAAACAUGAAAAAAAAUUUAAACCACCCAAAAUACAUAAUGAUACAAUACAAGCAAAGAAAAAAAUUGUUACUUCAACAAAAUCUUUGCCUAUAAAAGAUAAAAAGAAAUCGAAAAAAGUAAAAUCUGACAAGAAAAAUACAAAAUCUACUUCAAAUCAAAAAGAAAAAUCUAUUAAUAAGUUGAGUGAGACUGAAUCUCUCACUCCACCACCUACAUCAUCACCUAUUAAGGAAGCACCAAUGAAAAGUAAAAUUACACCUCCUCCAGCUUCAAUUCCAGCUCCUCCUCCUCCUCCUCCUCCUUCAUCAACAUCUCCACCACCUCUUACAAAAUCAAAACGUGAAAAACCGCCAUCACCACCACCACCACCGCCCAUAAUCGAAGAACCAACAGAAACAUUAGAAGUCAAUGAACCAAUUAAUAUUGAUAAUCAAGAAAAAAAUAAUUCAGUUGUCGAUCGAGCUUAUCAUUUUGUUCGAAAUAUGUUUCAAUUAUCUGAUGAUAUACUCGAUAAUAAUUAUACAAAUGAAGACGAUCAAAUUCUUUCUUCAGUAAAUGAAGAACAACAUCGUCAAGCACGAAAAUUACUUUCUAUUAAUGAUGAAAUAUUAUCUUUAAAUAUAAAUUCUAUAGAUGAUUAUGAAUUUAAUCUUUAUUUUAAUGAAUUAAAUGAUAAAGAAUCUCAUAUUAUAUCAAACAAUGAUUUAUCAUUCUCAUCUAUGAGUAUAUCAAAACGACAAUUAUUAUCUGUUAAAAAAUCUAAACGUACGAUACCAACAGAUACAACUUUAACAAAGACAAAACAAAAAAAUUCUAUUUCAAAUAAACCAAAAGUUGGUUGGGCUUAUCGUUAUCGUAUAUCACGUUAUUUAACUGAUCAAAAAAUGAAACGUACUGGUGGUCAAGCUAAAAAAACUACAACAACAGGAGGAGGAAAACUUCAAACACAACCAAUUAAUAAAAAGAAGAUAAGUUCUUCAACUCAUACAAAAAUUUCUAAACGUAAACUUCUUGAAUUCAAUACUAAUGAUGAAUCAAAUUCGAAUGAUAAUAAUAAUGAUAUCUUUAAUCAAGAUAUUGUCAAUUCUGUAUCGAUUACACAAAAAUUUGUUCCUAAACGUCAAUUAUUUACUGCAAAAAAAGUCAACGAUAAUGAAGAAGAUGAUGAUGAUAAUAAUGACGAUGAUGUUGAUAAAGUAAAAAAACGUCGUCGAAUGAAAUCAUAUGAAGAAAUAACUGAUCCAGUUGAAAUUGUUCGUUCAUAUGAUCGUGGUUUAUUUAAACCUCGUGUUGGUUGGCAAUUUCGUUAUCGUGUAUCACGUUAUAUUGAUACUUUACGUGAAAAUAUUCGUGAAGAUCAAGAACGUUUAAAAUUAGGUCUAGAAGCAAUUAAACGUAAAACACCACAAGAAUUAAGUGGAAGACGUAAACGUGUUCUAGAUAAACCAUUUGAAUCAGAAAAAAAAGAAACACCACCACCCGUCGAAGAAAAUAAACCUACUGUUGGUUGGCGUUAUCGAUAUCGUAUAAGUAAAAUGCUUGAAGCUAAAAGACGUGGUGAAUAUAUUAAUGAUGAAGAAGAAAAACGUAAAGCACGUCUUGAACAAAAACGUAAACAACAAGGUCUUAUUAAACCUACUGAAGAUGAAGAUGAAUGUAUUGAAUGGGAAUAUGAUCAUCUUGAUCCUGAAUUACGUAAAAUAAAUGAAGAAGGUCGACAUGUUGGAUGGGCAUAUCGAUAUCGUAUUCGUCGUAAACUUGAUGAAUUAAAAAAACAACAAGCAGAAACUGGUAUUCCAUUCGAUUUGGAAACACUUAGUAUUAAACAAGAUAAAAAACUAAUUAAGACGUCAACAAGUACAAAAGAUGUAUCAGAUGAAAAACAAAUUGAAAUUCCAAAAAAAAUUGUUGGUUGGCAAUAUCGUUAUCGUGUUUCGAAAAUGAAAGAAGCACAAAAACGUGAAGCAGCUGAAGCUUCAGUAAAAUCAAAGAAAAAAUCAGAUGAACAUAUACCAAUACAUGAAAGACUUGAUCCGACAUUAGCUAAAUUAACACCAGAAGAUCGAAGUGUUGGAUGGAAAUAUCGGUAUCGUAUUCGACGUAAACUUGAUGCAAUAAAAAAUGCUACUCGUGAAACUCAAGCUGGUAAACGUAGUAAAAAAGAUAAACAAUUACCAGAAUCAAAAAAAUCAUCAAAACAUAAAAAAGAAAAAAUUAUUGAAAAAGUUGAAGAAUCUAUUGAAAAAAUUCUUAAUAUCGAAGAUAUUGAAGAAACACCAUUUAUGGAAUAUUUUCGUCGUGCAUCAAGUUAUGUUUUAUAUGGUCUUUUACCAACAGGACAAAAAUCUAUAUGUCUUUUACCAUUACCUAUUACAUUUUCAUUUUGUAAUGAGAAUGAUAAUGAAGAUAUUGAAAAUGUACCAACAACAAUGACAACAACUAUUACCACUACCACAACAAUACCACCAUCAUCAGAAUUACCUAAAGAAAUUUCAAAAAAAAAAUCACGAAUAAAAAAAGAAAAACGUUCACCUAAACAAGCUAUACCUUCUCGUUCAAUUAAAUCUGAUAAUUCAAAUGAAAUUCUUACAGAAACAGUCAAAUCUUUACCGAAAACACAACCUAAACUUAUUGAAAAACCACAGAAAAAACAAAUACGUCAACGAUUACAUUCAUCUGUGCGAUAUCAAAAUAAUGAAGAAAUAAAACAUUAUGAUGAGGAAGAACAACCAAUUAAAAAAAUAAUUGGUGUUGAUUCACAAAGACAAAAAAAUAAAAAACGAUUUCAAAUUCUUGGUCAACAAGUUAAAAUUAAACAUAAACGUCCUACAACAAAUUCUCCACCUAUUACCACAACCACAUCAUCUAUUCCAAUAACAAUUACAAAUUCUCCACCAAUUAUUACAACAUCCGUUCCAAAUGUUGAAAUUCCUGAAAUAAAUUCUUCUCCUGAACCACACAUUAUUUCAACAACUACUCAUGCACCUCUUCAUUCUAUUUCAGAAAUAAUCCAAGAAGAAGCAGCAACAUUAUUAUCAACCAAACCAACAUUUUCUGAAGAAACUACAGAAGAAAUCAAUGAAGCAAAUGAAGACUUACAAACAACGACAACAACCACAGCGACAACAACCACAGCAACAACAACAUUGUCGCCGCCAAAUCUUAAUAAUAAUACAAUACCCGAUGAAGAAGAUAGUGAAUCAAGUUCGAGUGAUAGUGAUAGUGACAAUGACAGUGAAGAUAGUUCAAGUGAUGACACAGACACAAAAGAUAAUGAUUUUACUUCCUCACCUAUGAAAAAAAUUAAACAAUAUUAUGAGAAUGCGAAAGAGAGUGUGCAUGAUGUGUUCGAUUUAAAUGAUGACAAAGAUAGUUCUUAG